CAACUCCAUCAUUGCAAAUUUAUUUCAUUAUUUUAACUUUGUCAUGUUUCUUCAUACUAUUCAUCAAUAGAUUUGAUGCCAUUUUCUGGUAUUUCUUGUGUAUUGCGUUUUCCAUCGUGAGUUCCAGAAAACAAAAUUAAACUAAGAUGGCGCUAAUUUCACAUGAACUAUACUUAUAGAAACAAAAGAAAAAUGUAUAGUGAGCUCAACCGUUAACCAUAAUAUACUUAUUGAUGUUGAAAACAAUUUCAUUGAACACAAACAAUUUAGCAUUUUAUUUAUUGUCAAUUUCAUCGAGCAAUAAUGGCAGUAAAGGAAAAAACUAGCAAUUCAGGAGAAGAAUUCGAAUGGAAUGUUGAAAAUGAAAUUCAACUUUUUUUUGCAAUGAAUGGACACAAACCCGUUGGAAUCAACAAAUACUUUCACAUGAUUUGUAUUUGGGAGAAAUUUCGUGCAGCAAUUAAUAAAGAUGUCUCUUUAAAAGCUAUUUGGGAUCAUUUGGAAUCGAUGUAUGAUUUAAUCGCUUUGGAUGAUACUGAGGAUUUGCCAUUUCCUAGCAAUGAAACAGAUUUUUCUCUGCCUGAAUCUGAAUACAUUGAUCUUAUCAAAUCAAAACAGAAGGACGAAGGAGAAAAUAAAGUAAAAGAUCAGAAAGAUAAACCUAUUAAAGAUAUGAAGAAAGAAAAAGAAAUUAAAGAAACUCCAAAGAAAGAAGUUAUAACAAAAGAUCAAAAAAUUUCAAAAGAAAUUGAUAAUAAAAAAAAAGAAGACAACAAAAAAGUUUUCAAAGAAUCAGAAUCCAAGAAAGAAAAACAACGAGAAGUUAAAGAGGUUAAAAAAGAUAAUAAGUCUGUAAAAGGACGAAAUAAGGGAAAAGAAGAAUUGGAAGAUUCGGUUUUAGCGGUACCAAAAAAAGAAAGGAAAGAUUCUGAGCCGAACAGAGAAUCAUUGAAACGAGUUCCAAAACGACCAACCAGGCAAAGUAUUGAUAAUACAAGUAAGACUUCAAGUCCUCGAGAUACACCGCCACUUAAAAGAAGAAGAAUAUAGUAAAGAAAGAUAUAGUUAUAAAAAUAUUCAGAGCUAAUAUUAAUAUUAAACUUUUAUAUAAGUUAUCACUAAUACCUUAUUUCUUAUAAGAGAUUUCAAUCAUUUUUACGUAUAAUCCACGUUUUCUGCAAUUACAUUUUAUACUAAUUUAA